CGUCUUUUUUGGUGUCAUCUGUUUAAUCAUUAGAAUACAAAGUACCUUAAAAUUUUAUAAAAGAAGUGUAAUUGUUACCGGCCGAUUGUUUCGCAUCUCAGUGUUUUGUUGGAGGAUAGUGUAGUACGAUAGUUGACCGUGUAAAUCAGAAUAAUUUGUUGUGUUGCGUGCUAUUUUUUAUUUUAUUAUUGAAAUGGCGAAACGAUUAUCGCUCAAGGUUGGGGAGAUCUUUCGUGAAGCAGGCAGCGCUUUCAAUAAAUUAUCCGAAAUGACGAUGUUACUACACCCAGUUGGCGACUCACAGCCUGGCGGCAAAUGGACAGAAGAAGAAAUUGAAAUGCUUCGGUCUUGUGUCCAUCGUUUUGCCGUCGACUUGAACAAACUGAGCCAGCACAUCAAGAACAGAACAGUGUCGCAAAUCCGUACCACAUUAAAAAAGAAAGCAUUCGAGGACGCAGGUAUACCGGUGCGUCCGGUUAACAACUCGCUGAACAACGCCCAUCCGCCCACACAGCAGGUAGUCUCGCCACUGAGCCUCCUCCAACCCAACGUAUUAGGAAAGAACGCCGAGGUUACGUUGAACAUGCUGAACGCGUCGGAGACCGAGGUGGACGUGGAGGGUCUGAGCAACGACGUCAAGCUCGAGUUCGAGGCCGGCAGCGAGGAGGUGGCCACCUGAGACAUGCUCUGCUUCACGUAGGAUCGCCGAGGAUUGGUAGCGCCCGUGAUGGCGCAGGGGGCUUCGUCAAACAGAAACAUU